AUGUCCCUUCUUGUCUCCAAACGCGCUCUGAAGCGCAAGAAACCAUCAUCAAGUGCUCUGGGCUCAAGGAAAAGACUAAGGAGGGAUGUAAAUUCAAUAGAAGACCUACCAUGGAAAAAAGUCUCGCGUCCUAGCGCGUUGGGCUUUGAGGGAGACGACGGCAUCUUGGAGUUGGAGGAAGUUGAAGACGUUGAGGUUGUGUAUGAGGAGACCAAGAACGGUAGGGUGGCAAGGUUUAAGGUCUUGGAAGAUCAAGAGCACGAGCGAGGAAGUGUGUCACAUGAAGACGACGAUGAACGGACUAAUGGAGACCCUGUGGUAGAAGAGGAUGUAUUCGACCUAUCACUACUUCCUGAAUGGUCGGACUUCUCAUUACAUGCCCGUCUCCUCUCCGCCUUGCACAGCCAGAAAUUUGCAACGCCAACCCCUAUACAGCGAAGUGCAAUUCCCGUAGCUUUGAAGGGAAAGGACGUCGUUGGUGUAGCACAGACCGGCUCAGGUAAAACACUUGCUUACGGGUUGCCUAUCUUAAAUCACCUCCUCCAAAUGGGACGUCCAAAAGGGAAACGACCUCUUCAAGCUCUUGUACUCGCACCAACACGUGAAUUAGCGUUGCAAGUCACCGAACAUCUAAAAGCUUGUGUUGUUGAAGAUGCAGAGCGACGGACAGGUGCUCCACGUGUGAGCAUUGGUACCGUCGUUGGUGGGAUGGCGAUACAAAAACAGAUUCGUAUAAUAGAACGUGGAGUGGACAUAUUGGUCGCUACCCCAGGCCGUUUGUGGGACCUCAUCGAAGAGGACAACUCUCUUUCCGAGCAACUUCGAACUCUCCGAUUCCUCGUCCUGGACGAGGCGGAUCGGAUGAUUGAGACUGGCCACUUUGCCGAACUGGACAAUAUUAUCCGACUCACAACACGUCAAUCGAAAUCAACUGAAACGGACGAAGCGUUCAUGUUUGGAGAGACCGAGACGCGAGGCAAAAACGAUGAAAGCAAUGAGGAAACUCCGAUGCAGACCUUCAUAUUCUCUGCGACGUUGAGUCGUGACCUUCAACAGAAUUUAAAGAAAUGGAAGCGCAUAUCCAACAAGGUAACGAAGAAGGGAACAACCGACAAGCCUGUGUCGACGUUGGACGAGCUACUUUCGAGACUUGACUUCAGAGAUCCGGAGCCGGAAGUGAUCGAUUUGAGCCCUGAGGGUGGGAUCGUAUCUACACUCAAAGAGAGUCAAGUCGAAUGUCUGAGCGCAGAUAAAGACGUAUAUCUAUACUACUUCCUUCUACGAUAUCCAGGACGCUCUCUAGUUUUCCUCUCCUCAAUCGACGGUAUCCGACGCCUUCUACCAUUAUGCGAACUCCUACAACUUCACGCUUUCCCACUUCAUUCACAACUACAACAGCGCCAACGCUUAAAGAAUCUCGACCGCUUUAAAUCGACAGCUAAUUCAAUUCUCCUGGCUACCGAUGUAGCUGCUCGCGGGCUCGACAUCCCGAGUGUAGAUCAUGUCAUUCAUUACCAAAUUCCACGAUCCGCAGACGUUUACAUCCAUCGCAACGGUCGAACGGCGCGCGCUUCGCGUCAUGGUUUCAGCCUUAUCAUGUGCGCGCCAGAUGAGAGACGCAUCCUUCGCGCGUUACAUACCAGUUUGAAUCGAGUGGGCGAGAACGAAAUCCCCGAUAUGCCAAUCGAGCUUGACCUCCUGGAUAAGCUCAAGGGUCGCGUACAACUUGCAAAACGCAUUGACGCAGCGGCACAUCGCGUCAAGAAAGAGAAGCACGAAAGGAAUUGGAUGAAGGAAACAGCAGAAGCUAUGGAAAUCGAGCUCGAUUCUGACAUGGAUGACAAACUAUCAGAUGGAGAUGCUCCAUCAAAAAAGCGAAAAGAUUCAAAAGUCAAACAAGAAACACAAGCACUUAAAGCGGAGCUCAAACACAUGCUUUCCCAACCGCUAGUCGCAAAGGGCGUAAUGAAGAAGUACAUCACGUCCGGUGCGCGCAGCGUCGUGUCCGAGCUACUCAACUCGAAAGGAGACGAUGAGAUGUUGGGAUACAGGAGGGCGGAGGCGAGAGACGACUUGGUCAAUACAAAAAGUUCGGCGGAUAAUAAGCAGAGACCCAAGAAAUCGGAAGUGGAAGAAGAGUGGACAGGAUUCGAGUGAUAGCGCUACCGUCGGAUAGAGGCCUUGUUAGCC